UUAAAAACUAAAAAGAAUAAGAUAAAAUAAAAAAUAUGAAAGUUCCUAGGAAGGUUAGAGGAAGCUCCUCUGUUAAACAGGUGGAGAGAUAAAACCCUCCCACAACAACCCAAAAUUUUCUGAGUGUCUUGUAAUUUGGGACUAACAACCAGAUAGCUCCCAAGAAUGGCUUCUUCGGGCACCUCUUCUUUUCCAGGGAGAUGGGAUGUGUUUUUGAGCUUUAGAGGGGAAGAUACCCGCUUCAAUUUUACGGAUCAUCUUUAUUCGGCUUUGACGAGUAGGGGCAUCCACACCUUUAGAGAUGAUGAAGGACUUGAAAGAGGAGGAGAGAUUCAACCUUCACUCUUAAAAGCUAUUGAAGAAUCAAAGGUGUCUAUUGUAGUUUUUUCCAAAAACUAUGCUCAUUCACAAUGGUGUUUGGAUGAGCUUUAUAAGAUCAUGGAGUCCAGGAGAGAAAAAGGACAAAUAGUUGUACCAGUUUUCUAUCAUGUGGAUCCGUCUGAUGUGCGGAAACAAACGGGAAGUUUCGGAAAAGCAUUUGCAAGAUACAAAAAAGUCACUAAGGAGAGGUAUGAAUCUCAGAUUAUUCAAGUAAUUGUUGGACGCAUUUCGAAAAUGCUGAUCAGUCGUCCUAAACUCUUAUGUAUUUCUGCAAACCUGGUAGGAUUCGAUUCCCGUUUGGAAGAAAUGUCGUCACUAUUAUGUAUGGAGUCAAAUGAUGUUCGAAUGAUAGGAAUACAUGGAAUUGGUGGAAUAGGCAAGACUACCCUCGCCAUAGGAAUAUACAACCAAAUUGCUCAUCAAUUCGAAGGUGCUAGCUUUCUUCCAAAUGCUGCAGAACACCGUGGAUCGCUUAUACAAAGAAAACUUCUAGCAGAUAUCCUAGGGGAAAAAAUUGCACGCAUAAGCAACAUUGAUGAAGGCAUUAGCUUGAUAAAGAAGACGCUUUGCUCUAGAAAGGUUCUUAUCAUUCUAGAUGAUGUUAGUGCUUUGACUCAAUUAGAAUUCUUGGCAGGGAGCCAUCAAUGGUUUGGUUCAGGUAGUAGAAUUAUCAUAACAACGAGAAAUAAACAUUUACUCGAUGUGCAUGAAGUUGAUGGAUUAUAUGAGGUUCAGAAAUUAAAAUCUGAGGAAGCUUUUAAACUGUUUAGUUUGUAUGCGUUCGAGGCAGACCUUCCUGACGAUAGGUUUUGGGAGCUCUCCGGACGUGCAUUAAAUUACUGUGAUGGACUUCCGCUUGCUGUUAAAGUUGUGGGAUGUUACCUGCGUAAGAAGACGGAGCUUGAAUGGGAAGAUGAACUGCUUAAGCUAACAACAGUAGGGCAGAUUACAGUCCAAUAUGUGCUUAGAUUAAGUUACGACAGACUGGAACACACAGAAAAGGAUCUAUUCCUUGAUAUUGCAUGCUUCUUCAGAGGGAAGGACUCAGAUUCUGUUGGAAGAAUACUUGAUAGUUGCAACUUCUCUGCAAUUGGAAUGAAAGUUCUCAAAGAUUGUUCUUUCAUUAGUAUUUUAGACAACAAGAUAGAAAUGCAUGGUUUGAUGCAACAAAUGGGUUGGGAAAUCAUUCGGAGAGAAUCACCUGGACAACCUGGCCAACGGAGUAGAUUGUGGAAUCCAGAAGAUGUCCAUGCUGUGUUGACACAAAAAACGGGGACAAAGGCAAUCGAAGGAAUAUCCUUUGAUGUGUCGGCAUCAAAAGAAAUACAGAUUACGUCUGAAGCUCUUAAAAAAAUGACAAACCUUCGACUCCUCAGGGUCUAUUGGGAUGGACUUUCAUCAUAUGAUUCUAACACAGUGCACCUUCCCGAAGAAUUCGAAUUUCCUUCCUAUGAAUUAAGAUAUCUUCAUUGGGAUGGAUGGAGUCUGGAAUCGUUGCCGUCAAAUUUUAAUGGUAAGAAACUGGUUGAACUCAGUUUGAAGCAUAGCAGCUUAAACCACCUUUGGAAAGGGAACAAGUGUCUUGAAAAUUUAAAGGUCAUGGAUCUCAGUCACUCUCGAUACCUGGUUGAAUGUCCGGACGUGUCCGGUGCACCAUCUCUGGAGACACUAAAUCUAUAUGGUUGUACAAGCUUGCGUGAGGUGCACCCAUCAAUUGCUAGGCUGAAAAAUCUUAAGAUCUUGAAUUUGGGAAACUGCAGGAUGCUUCACUAUUUUCCCAGAAUCAUUGGAUUGGAAAAACUUGAAGUUCUUAACCUCUCAGGGUGCUCAAGACUUGAGAAGUUUCCAGACAUCAAAGCCAAUAUGGAGUCUUUAUUGGAGCUUCAUUUGGAAGGCACUGCUAUCAUUGAACUUCCCUCAUCGGUUGGGUAUCUCCGAGGGCUUGUUUUAUUAAAUAUGAAAAGCUGCAAAAACCUUAAGAUCCUUCCUGGCAGAAUUUGUGAUUUGAAAUCCCUCAAAACUCUCAUCCUUUCUGGCUGUUCAAAACUAGAGAGACUUCCAGAGAUCACGGAAGUUAUGGAACAUUUAGAAGAGCUUCUUUUAGAUGGAACAUCUAUAAGAGAGCUGCCCCGUUCAAUUCUUCGUCUCAAAGGUCUUGUGUUACUGAAUCUGAGAAAAUGCAAAGAACUCAGGACUCUUCGAAAUAGCAUUUGUGGUUUGAAAUCUCACUUUAUGAAAUUGAGCGGGAGAUUGAUGCAAAAAAAAAUUGAGCGGACUCUUCCAAUGAACUUGGACCGUCUGGAAGUAUUAAAUCUCAACAGAAACUAUAUGGUUAGCAUACCUGCAGACAUCAGUAGACUUUCUAAUCUGAAAGUUCUUUUGGUGAGGCAGUGUGAGCAACUUCAAAAAAUUCCGAAGCUUCCACCAAGCAUAAAAUUAUUAGAUGCCUGUGAUUGCACAUCCCUGGUGUCUUUACCGACUCCAUCUCGGAUAAUAAGCCCACAAAACUGGUUGGUUUCCACUUGGCUUCGUCCUUUGGAAUUCAUGCUAUGGAAUUGCUCCGGACUAUAUCAGGAUCAUGUGGCAAUGGCAUUAGAGACACUUCAUCAGGAACUUUUUCCAGAAAUAGGAUACAGUAUUGUGAUUCCUGGAAGUAGGAUUCCAAAGUGGCGCUGGCAUGAGAAUAUGGGAGCUUCAGUUUCAGCAACCCUGCCUCCACAUUGGCUUGACAAUAACUUCUCGGGGGUUGCUCUAUGUGCUGUGUUUGCACUUGAGGAGGGCGAAACUAUUCAGCGCCCUGGUGAGAUUCGCUGUAAUUUUGAAUGCAGGGAAGGGCCUUAUUUCAGUCAUUCCAUCACUUGGACACACAGUGGAGACCGAGUUGUUGAGACGGAUCACGUGUGUAUGAUGUAUCAGCCUCGCACUCAAUUUGUCAAAUCAAAGUCUACCCAUGCCAGUGUGUUCAAGCACAUCAAGGUUUCUUUUAGUCUAUCAGGGGCAUCCCAUGAGGUGAAAAAAUCUGCGAUCCGUCUUAUGUACGCCCCAAAUACAAGUGGUAACAAAAGAAAAUUCCUCGCAGCCCCAAAUACCGACAUUGAUUUUAGGGAUACUCAUAUAUUAAAUAAAAAAAAAAAAAAGGAGGAGUGAAAGAAGAUCAAUAGUUUUGGUCCCUUUAAUUGCCCAUUAUCUUUAACUUCUUAUGGUAGGUCUCUCUAAAUUAUAACAAAUUGAAAAGAGAAAAUUGAGAGAGAGAGGUCCCUUGAGAACUUUGAUUCAAAGAGUUGGAAGAAAAUAAUAGGGUUUACCGUGUUCUACAAUUGAAAU